AUUUGGUAUUACACAAAAUUUGGGGCUUUGACUAAAAGUCUUGAGCUAAAAAAGCUUCAUUUUUUAGAGCCUCUGUUCCUGCUCCUCCCCCCCGAAAUAAAAUUCGGGAGGGCUGCGAAAAAAAUUUGAUUUUUUUUUUGCAGUUCCGGCCUCGAAUUCGCCCGCCUCGACGAGCUGAUCCGCAUGGAUCGGAUCAGCAGAAGUAUCGUAAUUCUUCAAGUUUGUUGAAGAGUAUUGCAGCACAUUGAGCACUUGUUCAAUUCCCUGGGGUUAUUUUUUUGUCCCUGCACUAGUCUUCGUUGUUUGCUAAUCAAGUUGAAAGGUGGAGAUGAACGUGGACUACAAUAUGGAUGAGGCUCUCAAAGCGAGAGGUGUUGCGGAGAGCAGGUUUCAUGCGCGGGACAUCAGGGGCGCACGCAAGUACGCGAUCAAGGCGCAGAAUCUCUGCCCAUCUCUUGAAGGAAUAUCUCAGAUGGUGUCGACACUGGAGGUUCAUCUUGCUGCUGAGUCCAAGAUUGAUGGAGAGAGUGACUGGUACCGGAUCUUGUCUUUAAGUGCCUUUGCAGAUGAAGAGGAAGUGAAGAAACAAUACAGGAAGCUAGCUCUCCAGCUGCACCCUGACAAGAACAAGUCCGUUGGUGCCGAGGAGGCCUUUAAACUUAUCUCUGAGGCAUGGAGUGUGUUGUCCGACAAUAGUAAGAAGGUAGUUUAUGAUCAGAAGAGGAAGGAUCAUUCUGUUGUCAAUGUAACCAAUGGCAUGUAUACUUAUGAUAAGAAGGCAAACAAGAGAGCUCGAAAGAAUGCUGCAGCCGCCGCCGCUGCGGCUGCGGCCGCUGCAGCUGCUGCUGCUGAGGCUACUACACGUCCUGCUGGGGUUGAUACCUUCUGGACAUCCUGCAAUCGCUGCCGGAUGCAGUAUGAGUACUUGAGAGUUUAUCUUAACCAUAAUCUCCUGUGUCCAAACUGCCAUCAUGCAUUUUUGGCAGUAGAGACUGGAUUUCCUUGCAAUGGGAGCAGUUCUUCAUUCUCCUGGUCAACCAAACAGCAGCCGCAGAAUAACAAUUCCACCAAGCAUGCAUAUAGCUCAACAAGCAGGAGUUCUAGCAUUCCAGGGACAGGCCAUGGGGGAUACCAGCAAGAUGGUACUUAUGAUUCCUACAACAACCAAAGCUUCCAGUGGAAUCAGUACUCCAAGACAACACCUACAGCUGGUACAAAUUCUUACAGUACCCAGGCUUUGGAGAAACCAAAAAGAAAACAUGACGAGAGUUACAACUACAACUAUUCUGCUAGUGGCAAUUCAUAUGGCCAUGAGAGAGCUACUUCAAGGCGUGGCCGCUUUUCUAAGAGGAGAAGGCAUAGUAAUGAUGGUUACACUACUAUGGAUUUUGGUGGAGAUAACAGAGAAACUGUAACUGCCAGCACAGAAACAACUGCUUUCGCUGAUGUGGCAGUGGCACACGUUAAUGGUAAUUCAGUGGAAAAGUUGAGAUCUGCAGUGAGUGGAAGAAGAGCUAAUGUUUUGAGAGAGAUUUCUCAAAUUGAUACGCGAGCUCUACUUAUUGAGAAAGCCAAGGCUACCAUCCAGGAAAAGUUACAGGAGUGGAACAUCUCAUCUUCGCUGCAUGCAGAUAGGGGAAAGUCGCAAGGAAAAGUAUACCCCAGUGAUAACAACAUAAAGCAGAAUGGGGUCCUCUUCGACAAACAUGUCAAAGGGCUCAAGCAAUGCAGCUCAAGAAGUGUUGACAUCCAAGCAUCUACGGCUGAUGAAAAGAAUCCAGAACAGAGGCGUGUACCAGUGUCAAUUGAUGUCCCAGAUCCUGACUUCCAUGAUUUCGACAAGGAUCGCACUGAGCGAGCUUUUGAUAGUGAUCAAGUAUGGGCUACAUAUGAUAGUGAAGAUGGUAUGCCUCGUCUAUAUGCAAUGGUGCAGAAAGUUCUUUCAAUGCGACCUUUCAGGAUUCGCAUGAGUUUCCUCAACUCCAAGUCCAACAGUGAACUGGCACCCAUAAGCUGGGUUGCCUCUGGUUUCCAAAAGACAUGCGGUGAUUUCAGAGUUGGGAGAUACCAGAUUUCUGAAACGGUCAAUAUAUUUUCGCACAAAGUCAGCUGGACUAAAGGCCCCCGUGGGAUUAUCAGAAUUGUUCCCCAGAAAGGUGAUACAUGGGCUUUAUACCGAAACUGGUCUCCUGAUUGGAAUGAACUAACACCUGAUGAUGUUAUAUAUAAGUAUGAGAUAGUAGAAGUUAUUGAUGAUUUUACUGAGGAGCAAGGGCUGACAGUCAUCCCAUUGCUGAAGGUUGCUGGUUUCAAAGCUGUGUUCCAUAGGCACAUGGAUCCCACAGAGGCCAGGAGAAUACCAAAGGAAGAGCUUUUCCGAUUCUCACAUCGGGUUCCGUCUCGCCUGCUGACUGGGGAAGAAGGCAACAAUGCCCCGAAAGGUUGUCAUGAGCUGGACCCUGCAGCAACUCCAGUGGACCUUCUUAAGGUUAUUACAGAAGUUACGGAAGAUGCAACCACACAACCUGCUAAGUAGAAGACCGGCAACUAUGAACACUGAAGAUAGCUUGGAUGUCUGAACUGUUGAAUGCACUUCACUGAACCCAACAUUUGUUGGUCUCUUAAGUUCUAGUAUGUCAUCUUAUUUUUGGCUGAUGACUUGGACAACUCAACCAGGGCAAGCAGUCUAUGUCGCAGAAUUCUGACAUAAUUCUUAGGCAUUCUAACAUUUUGGUUUUACCGCAAUACGGAUAUCACUGAAGUAAAAGACAAUUUGGAGGCCAGUUUUGGCGAUUGACGAGGCAACCAAGUAGCGCUUGAUGAGGCUAUUAGUCAACAGAAGCUAAGAAGCCUCAUGAGUCGCUGAAGGUGCUACUUGUUUGUCACUCUUAAGGUACAGUGCUCUUCAUCCAAGCCGAAUUCGAGGGGAGAACCGUUAGGCUUCCCCAUGUACCCGAGUUUGUGUACUGGUUUACUUAUUAAGAUGUUGUACUUCCUUUAAUCUAUAGUAAUUCACCCCUAUAAUGUUGAACGUGAUGAUUCGAAAUUCUAGUUGGAUUCUGAGGACCGGUUCGGAAAUUUUAAUAUCAUUAUAUUUUAGUAGAUUUUUCUGUUUUACAUUCUUCUUUUGUUGCUUGAUCUGGUCGAAAAUAUGGACAUGGAAUCAUUAUGCUGA